GGGGCGGCUGGCUUCAGCCAGAAUCGCUGCUGUUCACCUAAAUAUCUCUGCGCAUCAGGAGCUGGAAAUGCUUCCCGGCGCUGAGCUGGCUGCGCCGCAAAGCUCCAGCCUGGAAGAGAGAGGGGGAUGAAAGAGGGAAGCUGGAGUGUUAUGAAACCCGUAGGAAAAAGGGGAGAAAGGUGUAGCUGAAAUCCUGUGGAUCCAGGAGCUGAGCAUCCCUGCUUUGACGAUUCCGCUCCCAAGAUGAAUCACGGAGCCAUUUAUAGCUGGAAAAAUAACCGUGUCUUUGGGAUUUGUUCCUUCCCAGGCUGUUCCUUUCCCAAACAGUCGGGGAGGAAGCUCUGGGGAUGGGUGGGUGCUGCGGUGAGGGGGACAGACCCCCAUACUCAGCGUCCUUGGGCAGGUCCCGGUUCCAGUGAGAUCCUCCUCAUCCCAGCUUUUCGCUGGCUGGAGGGAAGCCCGUGUGCGGCGGAGGCUCCGGGGUGCGGUGUUCCCCUGUGGAGGGACGCCGCCGCCCCUGAGCGAUCCCGGAGCAGCCUCAGCCGCCGGUCCCCGGCGCAGGGGCCGGUGCCGCUGUCCCGGACAUUGUCCUUGAGGAGCGCGGCACCGGAGCCGCGCCGGAUCGCCGCCCUCCCUUCGCAUCCGCGCGUCCCUCGGCACAAGCGACUUGGAUCAUGAAUAUAAGUGAAGACUUUGACGUCAGAGUUGAGAUUUAUCAGCAGAUCCAAUGGGGCAGGAAUAUUAAGUGCAAGUCGAUGCCAGCUCUCUGCCAACGCUAUUAGCGAUGCUCGCCGAGGAAUGAGGCUUCGCACCAAGGGCUGGAAGGACCAGCAAGGAAAAAAAUAAAAACGGGGUGGGGGGAGCAAGCUGAUCCUCGAGCAUUAAAACCAGCGAUGCUGCACGGCCCCGCCGCCAUGGGGGAGCCGUGGCCGCCGCAGCCGCAGCAGCAGCGGCUCCCGGGGCUCGGCAACGCCUCGGAGCCCCCGGCCUGGCCCUCGGCGGCGGCGGCCGGGCCGGGCACGGCGGCACCGGGCGGCGGGGCCGCGGCCGCGGGGUCCGUGAGCCCGUGGGACAUCGCGCUGUGCGCCACGGGCACGGCGGUGGCGGGGGAGAACGCGCUGGUGCUGGCCGUGCUGUUCUACACGCCGAGCCUGCGGGCGCCCAUGUUCCUGCUGAUCGGCAGCCUGGCGCUGGCCGACCUGCUGGCCGGGCUGGGGCUGGUGGCCAACUUCGCCGUGCGCUACCUGCUGCGGCCGCCCAGCGAGGCGGCGGAGCUGGCGGCGGCGGGGCUGCUGCUGGCCGCCUUCUCCGCCUCCGUCUGCAGCCUCCUGGCCAUCACCGUGGACCGCUACCUGUCGCUGUACAACGCGCUCACCUACCACAGCGAGCGCACGCUGGGCUUCACCUGCGCCAUGGUGCUGCUGAUGUGGCUGCUGUGCCUGGGCGUGGGGCUGCUGCCCCUCCUGGGCUGGAACUGCCUGCGGGACCAGAGCUCCUGCAGCAUCCUGCGGCCCGUCACCAAGGACAACGCGGCCGUGCUGGCCGUCACCUUCCUGCUGCUCUUCGCCCUCAUGAUGCAGCUGUACCUGCAGAUCUGCAAGAUCGCCUUCCGGCACGCCCAGCAGAUCGCCGUGCAGCACCAGUUCAUCGCCACGGCGCAGGCCAGCUCCACCCGCAAAGGGCUCUCCACGCUGUCGCUCAUCCUCGGCACCUUCGCCCUGUGCUGGAUCCCCUUCGCCAUCUACUCCCUGGUGGCCGAUUCCAGCUACCCCGCGGUGUACACCUACUCGCUGGCGCUGCCCGCCACCUGCAACUCGCUCAUCAACCCCAUCAUUUACGCCUUCAGAAACCCGGACAUCCAGAAGUCGCUCUGGCUGGCCUGCUGCGGGUGCAUCCCUUCCACGUUCUCCUCCAGACCAAGGACAUCCAGCGACGUGUGAGGACUGAGCGCGGAGCCAGAGGUGCUCCCUGGCUCUCCUGCUCCUUCUCUUUUCCCCCUCUGUCGUUAUUGUCUCCUGCCGGGAGGAGUCCCCUCCCCGGUCAGCACAUCUCGUUCCAUGGAAAGAUGGCCAAAAAGAAGGAAAAAAAAAAAAAGGCAAAAGAGAAAAGGAAAGAGAGAGAGAGAGAGUAGAAUGAUAAUGGUUUCCUUUAGAAAUGUUAUUUUCUUACACAUUUUAUUUUUUAUUUAAAAACACAAAACACCAAAAAAAAAAAAAAAAAAGAGGAAAAAAAAGAAAAGAAAAAGCAAAGAAAAAGGAUCCUCGCACGAUGGCGUUUGUCUGCUCCCGGGGUAAGGAGCCAGGGGAGCAGCGGGCCCCAUCCGGGUGGUCCCACGCCUCGGGGCACAUCCCAUGGGAAGGCCACAGGAGCGGGGGGGCGGGGAGGGAGAUGUCGCGUCCCCCCCGGCGGGGCUGGUCCCCACGCGUGGGGUGGCUGUGCCCAUCCCCUGAAUGAAAUCAGGGCCUGCGAUGCUAUGCAAUAAUGGGGGGGCGCGUUCAGCACUGCGGGGAGGAGAGCUCCGGCAGGAGGGACGCGGGGACAGUCCCGUGUCUCUGUGCUUCGAGAAGCACUUGGAGAACCUGCGGGGUGAAAGACGCUUUAGGUGUGGCUUGUUCGGGCUGUGGCAGGGAUGGGGGCGUCCAGGGAAUCCGUUCCCUCCUUCCCCCCCCACCCCCCAAAAUGUGACUGGGGCAGGGUUGGCGGUGUGGGGGUGGUGAGGGCAGCUGGGGUGCCCCGCACCCCAAAGUCUGGGAGGCCAAGGAAGGGCUCUCCUUGUCCAGCUGGGCAAUGGGGUGCUGCUUCCCCCCCUUCCACACGAGUUGUUUACAUGGGGUGGGGUUUUCAUCCAAAGAGGGGUCCGGGCUUGCUGGAGUCCCCGGGAGAGAAGCCUCUGUCACCACACGUGUCACUGCCGAUGCUGCCACUUUACCUUGCUUCGUUAGAGAAGCGCCAGCCCCGACAUUCCUGUGCUGUGUGAUGUGCUUUGUGGUGUUCGUGAGGCCAUGAUGAAGUGUCCUUUAUCCUGUGCUUUCUUUUGGAAUCGUGCAUUCACCCAUAAAGCAAGGAAGAACCCAAGCAACCCCCGGAGGGGUGGCAGGGCUGGGGGUGGGACAUGCAGGGGGGCUCAGGGCACAGGGGGUGUGCUGCUCCUGGCAUGGGGGGCUUGGGAGACCCUCCAGCAGCUGAGUCUGGUGCCCAAAUAUUCUGCUUUGCUGUAGAGAAAUUGUUGUGAUGUUGGAGAGGGACUUGGGCAAGGGUGUGCAGUGACAGGACAAGGAAUGAUUUCCCACUGCCAGAGGGCAGGGAGGGAUGGGAUUUUGGGAAGGAAUUGUUCCAUGGCAGGGUGGGCAGGCCCUGGCACAGGUGCCCAGAGCAGCUGUGGCUGUCCCUGGAUCCCUGGCAGUGCCCAAGGCCAGGCUGGACAGGGCUUGGAGCAGCCUGGGAUACUCCAAGGAAAGGUGUCCUUGCCAUGGCAGGGGUGGCACUGGAUGGGCUUUGAGGUCCCUCCCAGCCUGUAACAUUCUGUGAGUCUGUGAUAGUGGAAGAAGUGUUCUUGCUUUGUGUGGCUGCAGAGGGUACAAAGUCACUUUAUGGCUGGAUACAGACAGAUCCAGGUGGGUUUUGUCCCUGGAUCUCUCGCUCCUCGGAGCUCAGUGCACAAGAGAGAGCUCUGAGGUUCCCAAGUGUGCCUGGGGCUUGGACUUAUCGUCUACCUGUGAGAGGUGGCCACUCUUGGAGUUUUUAUGUUUUGUGGGUUUGGGUUUUUUUCCCAUUUCCUUUCUCUGAUGAAUACCUUGGAGAAUGGGCAGUUGGCACAAUGUGGAAUCAAUGUAAGUUUUAAAGUAAAUAUAUAUGUAAGACUAAUAUUUAUACAAACACUUCACUCAUUCUGUUUCCUCUGGUUUCUCAAGUGCAGCCAGGUCCCUGCAGUUCCUCAGUGUGAAAACUCAAUAGCGUAAACCCUUUUUGAAACAUUGUGAACAUUUGAAAUGUUUUUAUACAACCACCCUAGCUAGAAGUCAGGAUUUGUUUCUCUGGGCAGCUCAUUUUGUAUCUUUAGAUGAAAGGUAGUUUAACUAAUCAGCUCCAGAGAAACCUUGACAUGAAAAAAGUUGCCUUUUUUGGCUUUCCAGUAAAUUCCCUGUUGCUGAAGAGCUUGAUUUUAACAAUGUCCUUUUUAGAGUUUAGUUGCUUACUUAAAAUACAUCUCAGUUUGAGGGAUACACUGAUAAAUUUCACCAAAGUCAAAUGAGGAUCAAUGAAAAAUUUCUCCCUGUGGCCCUCCACAGCAAGAGGAGAAAGAUUUGGGAUGUGAGGAGCUAAAGCUGGGGACAGAGCCCCUGCCAGACUGGGGUUUAGAGCAGGUGGGGGUGUCCUCAUUGGGACACUCACCCAAACUCAUUUCCAGCCACUUUGGCAAAGGCAAACUCUGAAUUCUGGUCCCUGGGUGCACUGCCCCAGCUCACAGUCAGGAUGUGGUACGAGCCUAUUCCGUGCUCAGAGUUACUGUAAAAUAAGGAUCUCAUUUCUUUUUGAGUGAUGGUCUAACACCUCUCUCUGAGAUGUUAGAGCUGCCCAUGGAAGUUGUUAAAAACACUUUUUUUAGGAAAACUCUCAAGAAAUCUCCUCUAACAAAAUCGCCAUUUUGAUAAAAUGGCAAAUAAAAAUAGUGCAAUUUCCAGGUGGUUUUUUUUUGCUGUUUUUCCUCUCCUGUUUUGUCAGAGGAAAGGGGGGGAAAUGAGGGGAAGUGAAGAUGAGGAUAAAGAGGUUUAGGUUCACCUGCCAUGCGUUGCCUUGUGGAAACCUCUGCCCAUUUUACUGCACCUGUGCUGCAGUGCCUUGGUUUUGUUUUAGUUUUGUUUUCCAGAUAAAAACUUUCACCGGGAAAGUUUGGAGUGGCAAUGUUGGACAUCAGAGGUGGAUUUUGGAGCCUCCUCACGCUGAACACCAGGAAAGUUAAUUUAACACCUCGAAUCACGUGCUGGGGCAGGGUUGCUGUGUGCAGGUGGGAAUGUCCCAGUGUUUGGGGCUGCUUUGGGACAUGUUUAGGAUGGAAUGCAGGGCUUUAGGGUGAGGUUCUGUUGCCAAAAAGAGGGAGCAGCUCCCAUGAAUGUAACAGUGUCCCACGUGGAUGGGGCACCAAUGGUGAGGGAAUUACCAAAAGCAAAAUGGGGUUUCCAGCUGGUGGAUCCUCUGUGCAUUCACUGAGGAUCCAAAACUCAGUGAAAAGAGCCCAGCAGCCCUCUCCACCUCCUGGGUACCAGCAGAAGGGCACAGAGCAACUGGAGAACAUCCAGUGCUCCAUGUUUUCUGGUGUUGGAUGUACUGGGAGGCCUCCUCCACCUGGGAUUCUGUAUCUCUAUUAAUUGGAGGUCUCUAAAAGCCUCUGAUUUAACGGCUGUGCUUUUCAGCUGAGACAAGGGGACAGUACAGUCCUGCAAAGCACAGGGGCUUUGGCUUGUUGGGAACUUGCAGAUGUCCUUUGAUGUCCACAGAGUCCCUGUGGUGACUCCAGGUGGGAACUGGAGCUGCCUGGAGAGGGCUGGUGAGUGUUUGGUUGGGAAGAACUCCCCAUCCUCACCCUGGCCAGGAUCUCGCCACUGUUAUCUCCAAACUCUGAGCUUUGCAAAUAGCUUUUGAUAAAGGAUGAGAGGCUAGUGACAGGCUGGGCUUAGACUCUUGUCACUUCUGGACUCUCCAGGAGCUGGUCUGGAUCUACAGAGGCAGAAAUGGGCAGAAAAGUGGUCCUGAGUAAUUAGAGAUGGUAUCCAACCAGCCCUGAGCCUAUGGCAGGGAUCAGCAUAGCCAGGGAAAUGAAUCCACUGCUAAUUUGCUGAUUUAUUUACAGGUUCCUGGGUGCCUUUGGCUUUUCCACCACGAGCUGGUGGCCAGCAGAAUGUAGAGGUGAAAAGCUUUCGGUGUUGGUGCUUGGCUGGUUGAGCUGAGGGGGUGAGGAAAGGGCAAGGAGGAGAAAGAAGGAGAAAACAUUCCUCAAAUACACUGUGACAAGGCCAGGGCCACUGUGGGGUGGGAUGUAACCACAGCUGCCCUGAGGGUCAUGGAGAUGUGCCAGGCUUGGGGGGAGCUUGUGCAUUUACAACAAGCCCUUGUCCCUGUCCCAGUAUUAGAAAUUAAAAAAAAAAAACAAAAAAAACAAAACAAAAAAAAAAACCAAAAAAAACCAAAAAACAAAUAUAGACUCCACCACAAAGCUGCUUACUUUUAUUUUGGGGUUUGUUUUCUUUUUUCCUUAUCCAUUUUGGUCAGUUUGGGACUUUGAGCAGUGAAAAUGUCUCUCUUUAGCCAGCCUCAUGUCAGUAACCAGCAGUAAAGAUUCCAAGGAUCUCAGUCCUGAUGUGGCAGCUCCAGUCUGUUCAUAUCAAAGAGUUUUAAUUGAACCUGGAAUGAACCCCCAAGAAACCAUUACUGUUCUCCUUAGGUGAUGAAGUAUCUCUUUCUUGUAAAAGCAUCAAAUUUGGGGUGGGGAGACCUUUUAAAACCCCAUUGGUACUCACUUGUAUUGGUGUGUCCUGCCCAGCAUUGAGACUCACGCUGUUGCUAACGAUGAAUUAACAGUUCACUUCUAAUUGUCAGGAAUAAUUGUUGGAUGCACACGGUAUUUCCUUGCAAUUCCUCUCGUUCCUGCCCAGCCUGCCCUCGUGGUGAGGUGAGGCAGCUCCACUGGGACCAUUUGUUCCUCUUCUGUUGUCAGUGCAGCUGCCCACUGCAACAUCCCCCCCAGGGCACCCUCCCCAGUGUCCCUGCAGCCCCGGGAACUGAGAUCUCCCAUUCCCACUGGAAAACUGCAGCACAGAGCAUCACAGGAGAAAAUGGAGUUUUCGGCAGAGAGCACCCAAGUCAGAGGGGUGGUGUGAAGCUCUUUGGUCCCUGAUUUGGAGGGGUGUGAGUGGGCUGUCUCCAGCUCCAGGGGUGCCAGUUGCCUUCAGGAAUUCUGCUGGGUGCCAGGAGCAGCCCAGUGGCUCCGAGGUGAUCCCGUCCCUGCUGAGGGUGCUGCAGCGGGCAGGGCACUGACAGCCACCGAAACCACAGCACAGGUUUAUGGCCUUACUGCAGGCUCUGGGAGCUGGGAAACAGCUGCCUCGUCCCAGGAAAAGCUUUUAUUCCAGCUGGGAAGGGUCUGGCUGCAGCCCUGGGCUGUGCCUUGCCUUUCCUCUGCAGCGCAGGGACAAGGACGGGGCUGGUGUGGUGGCUGAUGUCCCUUGGGAGCAGGGCAGAGCACACCAGCCCGGGAUAAAGAGCAUCCUCCCUGCACAGGGAAUCCCCCAGCCCCAGGCAGGGCGAGCUCCUGGUGGCCAAGCCCAGCAGGAAUAUCCCACAGAGGCAGAGCCUGCUCUGUGCAGGCAGGACAGGAAUCCAUCACCCCCUCCCUGCCUCCCGUCCCACCGAUUUCCCAGGAAUGAGGCCAUCCCACAGCAAGCAGGACAGCCUUGUUUUGCUGUCAGUGUUGUCAUCAGCCUUUUAACUUGACUGGGAAAGUUGAUCUCAAAGGCAAAUGUACAGUUAUCAUUCAGUUAUGGUCAAAUCAAGCCCCUUCGAUGCACUUUAUGACCGAGUGAAAACAAAUCAAUGCUGUUAUUGCACUGUAUCUCUAUUGUGUAAUAUAUUAUACAUUCAUCUGUAAGAGUAAUUUAUUUUUAUUACUGUAAAUAAAACUGUUAAAGUGAUUUGUCAAGAGGAUAUCCAAAAACUGGGGGAGGGGGGUUAAAAUUAAAACCUUUGAAGAUCUGGGCUGCUGUCCCAGGUAUGUGCCA